GGGGUGGUAGUGGGUGCACGAGUACAGAGACAGAGAGAGAAAUGCAGCGAUGAACAUGGAAUAGCAAAGGAAGGAACGCAAGCAAAAAACAAAGGAAAAAAAAAAGAUCUUGAGGCCUGAAGCUUGGCUUAUGGUCGUCUCCCAAGGAAAAGAGAAAAAAAAAAAAAGAAAAAAAGAAAAAAGAAUCAAAGUUGUUGUUAAUAAACUACUACUUAUUUCUCUUUUAACUCAUCCGGGAAUGUCAGGUUGAGGCUCUGUCACUCACUGCACUGGUCAUACACGACAACUCUGUUUUUUAUUUUCUAGUUUUGCUCUGUGCUUGCUUUGGCAAUUCGGCAGUGGUAUAUUAUAUGUUACAUCUCUGUCUUUAUCCUGCUUGUUGUGUCUCAAACUCAAAAAAGAGUGUCGUCUCUCUCUGUAUGUAUUCCAUUUGACACCCACAUUUCUUUUCUGCACCAAUCCUAUUUCCACAACUCACAAACUGAUUUUAUCUCCUUUUAUUUGUCCUCUUCUUCCUCUCAGAAUAUGACCUUGUGACCUCUUUCUCCUACUCUCUUUCUCUCCCCCCAUUUCCCCUCCUCACCCUUCUGUCUUUUUUGGGUUAUUAAUUUUUCAUGACUUAAAAUCUUUUCCCUUUUUUCUUUUUUAUUUUUUUUUCUUUUUUCUUUUUUCUUUUUUUUGAUAAUGGAGGUUUGCUGUGAUCUUGAAGUGGAUGUUAAUGGCGAAGAGACUUUCGUGGUGGACAAGAUUGCCUUCCUACAAUUUAUUGCAUAUAACGACCUCUGCCCAUUGAAUUGCAGGUUCUGGUGUAGAUUCCAACUUUUUUUUUUUUUUCUUUUUUCCCGCUUCUUUGUUUUCUUCGAUUCAACAAGUCCACUCUUUUGAAAAUUAUUGCUCUGUACUCGGGCAAAUUGAGCAAAUUAUUCGGCAAAUCAAAAGGGACAGCAAAAAAUAUUAAAGUAGUAUUCAAUGACUUUCCGGGAGGGGCAAAGAGUUUCGAGCUUAUGUCAAAGUUCUGUUAUAACGGUGGCAGGAUUGAGAUAGCUCCCUCCAAUAUUUCCCUCUUGCAUUGUGCUGCACAGUUCAUGGAAAUGAAGAAUUCUGUCUCUGCAAACCGUAAUUUAUUGGAACAAACAGAAAAAUCCAUUGAAGAGAUGAGCUAUUGGACAUGGUCUGAGCUUCUAAUCACUUUGAAGCAAUGCCAAGUUCUACUUCCGGCUUCAGAUUCUUCUGGCAUUCUCGAGAAAUGCUUGGAUUCCCUUGUUGGGAGGCUGUCUUUGACAACUGAAAUGAGUCCGUGUCCGUCUACUUCUUCUCCAGAUAGCUCUGGCUUUCGAUUUUCAUGUGACACUAAAAGCACAGAAAGUUUGAAAACCGUCUCCUCUCGGGCAACAUGGUGGUUUGAGGAUCUUCUAGUUUUGAGUCCUGUUUUGGUUGAAAUGCUGGUAAAAUCCAUGGUUUCUCGAAAAUUUGAUCAUAAUACUCUUAGUAGGUUCCUGUUCUAUUAUCACAAAUCGAAGUUUUUUACUGUCUCAUCCAAGGAAAAGUGCAAAAUUGUAGAAAUUGUCAUUAAUAUGCUUUAUAUUCUUGAUCAAAACUGUGUGUCAUGCAAGAGUUUGUUUGGGAUUCUUAGAGUUGCUCUGAAUUUGAAAAUAGACAAGAGUAGCAGGAAUAAGUUGGAGAUUAUGAUUGGUUUACAGUUGGAUCAAGCAACGUUAGAUAAUUUGCUUGUUCCAUCCCCAUAUGGGAUGAAUUACUUGUACGAUGUGAAUCUUGUUCUAAGAUUUUUGAAAGCAUUUCUUCGUAAUGGAUUCGGACAAAUAUCUCUGGUGAGAUUGAGAAAAGUUGCUACCUUGAUGGAUUUGUAUAUUGCAGAAGUAGCCCCAGACCCUUGUUUAAAACCUUCAAAAUUCCUGGCUCUGAUGAUGGCCCUGCCAGAUUCUUCCAGAGAUUCCUAUGAUGAGCUUUACCGUGCCAUGGACAUGUAUCUUGAGGUGCAUUCAGGAUUGUCUGAAGAAGAAAAGAUGAAAUUAUGCUGUGCAUUGAACUUUAAGAAGCUUUCAGCUGAAACUUGUGUACACCUUUCUGACAACACAAAAUUUCCAUCAAAGUCUGCAGUCCAAGCUCUCAUUUCUCAGCAACUCAGGCUCAAAAGCUUACUCCAUGACACCGGCAAUUCCAAGUCAAAUGCUGAUUUUCCAUGUAAAGCCAUGGAAGUUGGAAAGAAAAUAGAGAAAGAUGAAGCUGACGGACAAGUUGUGCUCUACGCUGGGAAACUUGAUCAUUCAGCUGAAAACGAAAAUCUUAAAGCAAAUUUGCAAGGAAUGCAGUGGAGAGUGAUGGAAUUGGAAAAGAUUUGUAGGAAAAUGCAAGAACAAAUGGCAAAGAUUAUGAAAUCAAGAGUACCAAGCCACAAUCAUACAAGAUCCUUGCCCAGGCUCUGUUCAUGAUGAAAAUUUUGCAUUAUAUUUGUAUUUUCAAGAAUUAUCUCAUAUCUGUACAGCAUAAGAAAUGCCCUUUUUUUAUUUUU